GACUAUUGUAUAGUUUAUCUCAUAUUAUAUAAUAAACAAUAAUAUUUUUUGAAUGUAGAACAUGUCACAUGCACGCAAUUAUAGCUUUUCUAUGCCCGGAAUUGUUUAUAUAUAAAUAAAUUGAUAUAAAAUACAAAUAGAAUAGAUAUAAAUGUAUACAAAAAUAAUACACGUAAUUUUAACAAUGUUAUCAAUUUCUUCGGAAGUCGUCGAGCGUCAUCGUCUUCAUAAAUUGAUGGCUAGGUGGGAAUAACGUGCUAUGGCCUAUGUUACUAUACAUUUCUGAUUUUAUACUUAUUAGUUAUUUGCGUGCUGUGCUCCUGAUGUUAAAGGCACGCGACCCAGUGACCGUCGAAACCAUACACAUUACACUGUACAGGAUUGUAGGCGCUUAUUGAAAAAUUUAUUAUUAUGGCUAGAAGAAUAACAGAGUUCUUUAGUUCAGUUCCCAUUAAAAGUAGAAAAAUUGACGAACAGCUAAAACAAGAAGAAUUACCAAAAGUGUCAAAUAUUUGUUCUGAUUUAUCUUCCAACAAUUCUGAAGACAGUAGAAAUGGGUGUGAUCCUAAAAAAUUAGAAUCUACCAGUGAUCAAACUGAAAGUUAUGGCAAAAUAACUGAUACGAUUGCAGAACCUACUGAAACAAAAAAAUCAGAAUGGUAUAAAGGAUCUAAGCUAGAUAUUUCUUGGAUUCUUCAGACUUAUUCCUUUUUUCAAAAAAUAAAAUUGGGGAAAAGAUAUGGAAUAAAAUGCAUGACUUGUUUUACACAUAUUCAAGAAGCAAAAAAAUUCUCCAAAAAUGGCACAAUACCAAUAGCUGAUGGAGUGCGAUGUGAUAGCCAAAAUAAAUUAGAGAGGAUCAUCGAUCAUUUGACAACGGAAGCUCAUAAUGCAGCUACAAAUCUUGACCAAAUGCAGAUGAAAUGGAUGGAACAAUCUGAUGAACACCCAUGGAUAAAAACCCUGAAAUCACAUGAAGCUGAAAAAGUAAAAUUGUUAAUUGAACUUGCAAUUGAUGUCUACAACGACAGUCGCCAAUUAACACUUUCUGCACAUUCUUGGCCUUCUAGAUCGUUGUCUAAAAUGCAUGCAGACUCGCAAAUAGUAUCUUAUAAAGAAGAAGGACUGACAUCACAAUUUGUCCAAUUUAGCCCUACGGCUGCAUUAUUACAAUAUCGAAACCCAGUUAUUUACCGAGAGAUGUUAGAUACAGUUGGACGUUCUGUAAUGGAAAAAGUUGUAGACCAGCUGAAAAAAAUUGAUUGUUUUUCUAUACAAGUUGAUGGAUCAGUAGAUAAAUAUGGAGUUGAUAACAAAUUCAUAACUGCUCGGUAUUUAACAGAAAAUCUAGAGAUAAAAUCAGUGUUCUUAGGAGAAAGUAAAUCUGAUAUACGAGGCGCAGAAGGUUUGCUAGAUUCGAUUAAAAUUGUCUUCCAAGAUCUUGAUAUUGAAGAUACUGCAAAAGAAAAAUUAACUGGUGUAACCACUGAUGGAGAAAAUGCCAAUACUGGUAAAAACGGUGGAUUAUGGGUACGCUUAAAGCAAUACUUAAAAAAGGAUAUAUUUUGUAUGUGGUGCGUUGCUCAUAGAUCGGAUUUGGUAUUGUCUGAUUUAGAAUCCACUAUUACAGAAGUAAGACAUUGGAAGACCAAUUUGAAGGCUGUCGCCACCUUUUAUCGAGGAUCUGCUCUUCGUUACGAAUGGCUUGAAAAAAUUGGUGAUUCUAAAAAAAUUUCUAUUUAUCGGUUUCCCGCAUAUUUUGAAGUACGAUUUGCUGAGCAUCUAUUAAAUUUGUCUAAAGCUCUUUGGAAAAACUUGCCAUGUAUGCAAAUACAUUGGCAAUCAAUUAUUGAAAGCUCUGACUCAACAAAAAUUGAAAAAAGCUACUGCUAAAGGAUUCUUACGUACAUGGAAAAAUGACGGUGAACAAGAACAUCUCACAUGUCUUAUGAUGGACAUUUUGAGAC